AAUGAUGAAUGAUGUGUUUAUUUGGCCAACUACUAAUAGCCUCAACUAGUACGGGUAACAAGCACAGGUUUACUGGGUAUGGCAAUGCAGAUAGGUAUGCAAGUAAUAUCGAAAAAAAAUCAAACGUUGUCGCGAUGAACUUCGACAUGCACAUAGAGUCUAGACUUGCAGUUGCCAAGAAUCGCACCGCAGCCAAGGAUCGUGGUUGAAGAAGUGAUCACGUGAAUAUGGUCCAGGCGCGUGGUCCUGCAGGACCUGCACACUUCACCGUCAAGCUGGGCCUGCCCUCGGCGACCAAUCACCUUUGCUAGUGGUAACUAGUAAGUUGCUAACAACCCUCCUUUGUCCAAGCCGGAGCCGCCAAACAGAGGUUUAACUGUGAUCAUUUGACAUGCUCACUAUUCUGUUACUUACACUCUUUUUUCUCUGGUUAUUGGACACUCAUGUCUCAGCGGCUGACCAAAUUCCUCCCGCAUCGGUAGCUGCGUCCCUCUCGUUAACCACAAGUACCGUGAUACCCUUUCCUUCCGCUACUCAAAGUGCAUCCGAUGCAUCGUCGUUCAUUACAUCCCAGUGGUCAUUGAGCAAAGGGCACAUUCAGAAUGGUGGUAGCAACGUUGCCUUCGUGGACGAUCCCUUCCCCAACUCACCAGCUCCUGGUGCGACCGUGUCAAAUACUUCUGGGCCCGUCUUACAAGUAACCUAUGCUGCUGGUACCUACGGAAGUACAGAUUCUGGUGCUCAAUGGUACUCGCUUUGGAAUACAACAGAUGGAUCUCAAUUUCAGAGCAUGUUGCUCUCCUACGAGCUUGCAUUUGAUUCCAAUUUCAACUGGGUUCAAGGAGGAAAACUUCCUGGGCUCAGAGGCGGUCCCGAUGUCGAUGAUUGCUCUGGCGGAGCGGAACCAAAUGGCACUAAUUGUUUCAGCACCAGGAUCAUGUGGCGAACAAAUGCGCAAGGAGAAGUUUAUGCAUACAUGUUGACUCCCAACAACAUGUGUUCAGAUAGCAACUUCAUUUGCAACUCUGAUUACGGAGUAAGCAUCGGCCGAGGAUCAUUUGACUUCGAAACUGGACACUGGAGCCGUAUCACAAUUCUUGUGCAACUGAACAAUGAUUCUGUCGUUGCGAAUGGCAACGUUAUUUUAUACUUUAAUGACGUUCAAGCGCUAUCACAACAAAAUUUAUACUUCAGGACAGUCAACAAUUUCGCCAUCGGGGGAUUGUACUUCUCGUAAGUCGUGUUCUUCUGUGAAUCGCAAUGUACGGCUACCGACCUUAUGGAUAUGUAGGACGUUCUUUGGAGGUUGGUUUUGAGUAUACUUGUCAGAUUCCGAUUGGAGGAUAACUCUUUUUCACAGGGGACGACUCCAGCUGGGCAACACCGCAAACCGUUCAUACUUAUUAUCGCAAUAUACAGAUGUGGGGCAGCUCCUCUCCAUCUUUACUUUCUGGACAAACGGUCAAUGCUGCACUAUCCUCAUGUUGCAGGUUUGGAAGCAUGAUAUGGACGUUGGCUACGUCUGUUCUUCUUACUCUUUUCAUUUAUCUAUAAGCUCGGAUGACAUGUGGACACUUGCCCGCACGGACGUUUGUACAUCACAUCAUUUGUAUUAUCCUAUUUCUGUUAUAUUAUCUCGCUGUUACGUGCACUU